AUCCAAAUAGUUUUAAACAUUUAAUUGAAACUGAAGAACCUCAAUUAAGUAGAUUAUUAGAUAAAAUGACAAAUGCUUUAGUUCCUGAAAGAAGAACUGAAAAAAAUAAAAUAAAAGCACAACAAAUUAUUAGUCAAUGCUAUUUUUUAGCUGGAUUAUAUAGUCAAAAUAUAAAUAAAUAUAAAACUGAUCUUAGUUUAUAUUUAUUAUCUUGUAGAUUAAGUACAACUGAAAUUAAUUUUCUUAAUAAAGCUGGAAUAACUAUAAAUUUACAAACAUUAUAUAAUUAUAAAGAAAAAAUUAAAAAUAAUCAUUCAAUUAAAAUUAAUGAAUAUUUUGUUUCUAAUAUAAAUAAUUUUUAUUGUUUUAAUAUUGAUAAUUUUCAUGAUAUUCAUACAUUACAACAACCAAAUAAUACAACACUUUUAAUUACAAAUCAUUUAGCAACAUGUGUAACUAAACCUAUUGAAAAUCAACAAUCAGUUUUAGCAAUUUCAAAUAAUCAUUCAUUUUUUAAUCCAGAAAAUAUUGAACCAACUAAAAUUAUAAUUAAUUUAACUUCUAAAUAUAAUGGUUGUUUUGAUAAAAGCUAUAAUGAAUAUAAAAUGGAAUGGAUAUCUUCUAAUAAUUUUCAAAUUAAUUCUCAAAAUUGUAUAGAGUUAUUAACUUUAUAUAUAUAUGAUAAUGCAAUUAAAGAACGUAAAGAAGAAAAAUCAAUAAAAAAUAUAAGAGUUAUUAAAGUUAAAAAAUUAAAUUUAUAUUCAAUGAAUGAUUAUUUAAAAGCUUUUAAAAUGAUUACAAAUAUUAAUUCAUUAUCACAAUAUUUAAAAAAUAAUAUAAUUCCAAUUAUUGCAGAUUGGCCAGGACAAUUAUUUAUUAAAAAAAUAAUUAUACAAUCUAGAUUAAAUCCAAAUUUAAUGCCAAAUAAUGUUAAAAAUUUUAUUCUAAUUUUAGCUAAAAAACUAAGAUCAUGGAGAAUUAAUUUAAUUUUAGAAUUAAUUCAUGAAGGAUAG